UCACUCUUUCCAACAGCCAAAACCAGAUCAAAAUCAGAGUACGUUGGAGAAGACAAUGGAAUACGAUUAUCUCUUCAAGUUAUUUGUCGUCGGAGGCGGAGGCGUAGGGAAAUUGGGUUUGAUACGUAGUUUAAAGGGAAAUAUUUUCGACGAGGAGAAAACAUUGGCUGAAAUAUUAGGACUGGGUUUUCACCUAUCCAUGGUCAAUAUUGAGGGAAAGGCCAUCAAGCUCCGUAUUUUCUCCAUUGGUGGACUAGAUCGAUUCAGUUGGUUUCAUUCAAGUUAUUCCAAAGGAUUAGUUGGUGUUCUUCUUGUCUAUGAUAUUACUAGGAGAGAGACAUUUAACCACAUACCAACCUUGAUGAAGGUGACUGGGCAUCCAGAUCAUCCCAACAUUACUUACAUGCUUGUGGGAAACAAGUGUGAACUAGAGAAUGAGAGGGCUGUCAGCAAAGAAGAAGCAGAACAAUUUGCACAGCAAAAUGGGCUCCUGUUUGUGGAGACAUCUGCUGCAACAUCUCUAAAUGUUGAGGAGGCUUUCAAGAGGACUGCUGCAAAUGCCUUGAAGAAAAUUCAGGAUGGCCUUCUAAUUCAUGCGCCUUCUAAGGCCCAACAACGGCGCCGACCACCACAGCAAAAUCCAUCUCCGUUUCACAUCUUCGUCUACCCACUUUCGUUCCUCCUCCUUCUGCUUCUUUUUCUUCUCCCUUUCUCUUUCUCUUUCACCUCCGUCUUUCUUUCUUAAUUAAUUUCCAUCUAUCUUCAUAUCUGAUUCGAAGACCUGGACCAUAUCAAACUGCAAAAGCUCGGUCAAGACAACAAUGGGGAUGACCACGUUGAUUGCGUUACAAAUCUGAUGCGUGGGUUAUUAUUAUUAUGUUUUUUAAUUUCUUUAGCUCUUUUUGUUGUUUAUUUUGCCGAAUUUAGAUAUAUGUAAUUAAAAUAUGUUCUCAUCC